AAAGAUUGAUUCAGACCAUGUCCUAUAUAUAUAAAAUGUCAAGUAAGUAAACAAUAUGGACGUGGCAACCACUUUUAAACUUCCCUUGGCUUGCAAACAAAGACCCUAAGAGGGUGUAGCUAGUGUUUGUUCUCAUUCGUUCAUUCAUGAUGAUUGGUGCUUGGAAGAAAAAAGCCAAAGAGUUCUUCACCCCAAGAGAGGUCUUCUACCUCCUCACAAUCACAAUCCUCAGCCUCCUCCUUCCUUUGUCUUUCUUACUCUUAGCCUCUCUUUCUGGUGCCCAAUAUUAUCUUCAAACUCUCACUUUGUUCCAAAGUUACUAUUCACCACAACCCUUUCCCUAUCUUUUCCACCUUGCCCUCAAUAUCAACCCAUGUAUUCUCUACUUUCUCGUGUCCAUUGUGAGCAUGGGGACCCUGAUCCAGGGGCUGACGGGUAAAAUCACACUUUUCUCCGAGUUACCGUCCAAGUCCUCGCGUAUCUCCACAGCGUGGAUUUUACUAUGCGCGUUUCAAGUUUGCGUUGGUUUGGGCAUAGAGGGGAGCAUUGCGGCUGGGCUUUACGACGAUGAUGUGUCAAGUUUUGGCACCGAGCGUAGCCUGCUGAGCAGGAUGAUAUUUCUGUUGGGCCUGCACGAGACGACCCACGUUUGGUGUAGGAUGGUGGUGAGGCCCGUGGUGGAUGACACGGUGUUCGGUGGGGCCCGGAGGGAGAGGUGGGUCGAGAGGGUGGGCCUGGCUGCUGGCCUGGGCACGUUGUGGUGGUGGAGACUUAGGGAGGAGGUGGAGACUUUGGUACUUGUGGCCCAAGUCAAGAGUGAGCAAUUGAUGGAUGUGGGGAUUGGUGACUUUGUUGGAUGGUGGUUGUAUUAUCUCAUUGUGACUAUUGGCAUGGUGAGGAUCGUGAAGGGUCUCAUUUGGAUUUUCAUGAUUUCUCUCUGUAGAAGAAGGCCAACAACAACAACAAUAGAAGUGGAAUCGAUUCAGAACGAUGACAAGGUGUAAUUAGAGUUGACCCAUUUUCUAUUUUCCUUCUUUUAUGCUGUUCUAAUUGAGCUACCUUUCUCCCUCAUUUUGUUAUUUGAUUUUCUUUGGUCAGAGACGUUAAUUACAAUAUUUUAUACCUUUGCGAAAUUGUGACAAACCCGCAAAACAUUAUUGAAUUGAUGGUAUUAUUGCUCAACAUGUCGAUAAUUAGUUCUUUAUAAUAUGAUUUGUCGAUAGUUCUUUAA